AUGGCCCCCUCACCCACUCCACCAACUACAGGAUGGCCCCCUUUCCCACUCCACCAACUACAGGAUGGCCCCCUCACCCACUCCACCAACUACAGGAUGGCCCCCUUUCCCACUCCACCAACUACAGGAUGGCCCCCUCACCCACUCCACCAACUACAGGAUGGCCCCCUCACCCACUCCACCAACUACAGUACAGGAUGGCCCCCUCACCCACUCUACCAACUACAGGAUGCCCCCCUCACCCACUACAGGAUGCCCCCCUCACCAACUACAGGAUGCCCCCCUCACCCACUACAGGAUGCCCCCCUCACCAACUACAGGAUGCCCCUCUCACCCACUCCAACCUCAGCCAACUAUAGUACAGGAUGCCCCCUCACCCACUCCACCUCAGCCAACUACAGGAUGCCCCCCUCACCCACUCCACCUCAGCCAACUACAGGAUGCCCCCUCACCCACUCCAACCUCAGCCAGCCAACUACAGUACAGGAUGCCCCCCUCACCAACUACAGGAUGCCCCCUCACCCACUCCAACCUCAGCCAGCUAACUACAGUACAGGAUGCCCCCUCACCAACUACAGGAUGCCCCCCUCACCCACUCCAACCUCAGCCAGCUAACUACAGUACAGGAUGGCCCCCUCACCCACUCCACCUCAGCUAACCCCAUAUAGCAGUGAGGGUACUAUUAGCCAUGUCAUGCAGAGUGACACCAAGCUAAAGACCACACACCCCAUGCUACGGGGUUACUUAGCUAUACAAAAUGUUGGAAUUGUUUGGUAGAAAACAGUCACUGUAGAACUAUAGAUCUGUCUGUAAGCAGCAUGGGUCAUAGCAUGAAGCAUCAGUAUGGUUGUAUGUUUGCAUUUACAAUUUUUUUAAAUCCCAUUAGUUGAACUUAAAAAAGGCAUCAGGUCUGUUUUUUUUCUUUUGAUGAUUCUUGCAUGUGAACUGUUUCAUAAAGAACCUGCUUCUUUGACCCACCGUGUGGUUAGUGGGGUAUCAUGGGAUAUAUUUUACAGAGGAGAUGGAGACUUGGUGAGUUAGACGGAUACGACUAUCAACAACGUUGUCAUAGAUCCAUUCUUUGGUUUUUAUUUUGUGAGAAAGUCAGGAAGUCUCUUGGUUAUUGCAAUGUUUUGGUAAAUACAAAGUAAAAGUCUUAUUCCCACAAAUGUUAUUUUAAACCAUGGUCCUUUGUAGCUCAAACACAAGGUUAGUGGGUUCGAUUCCCGGGCACACCCUUACGUAAAAUGUAUGCACGCAUGACUAAGUAAUUUUGGAUAAAAGCGUCUGCUAAAUGGCUUUAUAAUAUGACCAAAUCUGAUGAUAUUUGAUGACAUUAUUGAACUAUGCGCAGGUGGCUUUAUUGCGGACAUUAUUUGACUAUGCCCAGUAGGGGGCGGUAUUGAAUAGUCUCAGAACUGGUGUGUGGUUAACGUGUUACUACUGCAGUUGUAGAAUGUUACUGUAUAUGAGGAAAUACAGUAUUUUAGUUAUUGAACUGAACAGCAAAAGUAUAACUGAUCUGGCUGAAAGUAUAGCAAAUAAUAGUUUUAUGGGUUUAAAUAUUUCAUAUUGGAUAUUAUUUUAGACACUUACCAAGUGGAUUGGAUGACAAUGGAGAUUAAAGGGAUGGUUCAUCUCAUUUUGAUUUUGGGGUAUAAUUAAUCUUACCUUGAGUUGUCCAAAUGGAUGAAUUAUCACUAAAGCCAAAGGAAGCUGUGAGAGAAAGGGUUCAACAUAAUAAUGAAAUCAAGGAAUGUCUACUGUACUAACAAGCUGUCUCUCCCUAUAGUUUUUUGAUUUCAUAACAUAUUUCAAAGUAGUAGAUAAGAGAUCACUUGAUUUAUCUCUAUGAUUUCUGAUUGCGUCUAAUAUCUACAUAUUCCUGUUAGAAAAGUGUUGAUUGUGUCAAUCCUGUCUGCAAAAGCUAAGUGAUUCUGAAUGUAAGGUGUGCCUUCAAUAAAAACGUGUUCACGUUAACUCCUGUGAGUGAA